AGGAUCCUGGGCUGCAGCAAAAAGGUGCUUAACCCAUGGGAGAGGGGCCACCUUGCUGAUCCCAGAGAGAACCUAGAGUCCUCGAGGCGAUUCUAGCGUACAUUAGAGAAGCCUGAAGGCCAGUGUAAAGUGUGGCUGCUACUAUCCCUAACGGUCAUUGGUCCUUUAAGAUUGCUGGGCUUUAGAAAUAACAGGCCAUGGUCCAUUUGUGCUUGUGCCAGUGUGUGGAAGGCAGUGUUGGAUAUUUUGUUAUGCCUUAAUGCCACAUGAGGGACCCUCUGUUAGCUAGAAUGUGGCUUCACUCGGGGACACAAAUGAAUUGGGUGCAACUGAUUAACUGGUGUCAGGGUCUUCUUGCCAGGUUGCAAGCUACUUCUUUCUCAGUCAGAACUUCAUCAGCAACAAUUUCCUCAGCUGAAAAAGUUCCACGUUCUUUGUGGAAACUUGGCCGUCUCAAUCAUGUAGCAAUUGCAGUCCCUGAUUUAGAAAAGGCCCGAUCUUUGUACAAAGAUGUGUUAGGAGCCCAGGUGAGUGAGACAGUUCCUCUUCCUGAACACGGUGUCUACACUGCUUUUGUGGAGCUGGGAAAUACGAAGCUGGAACUGCUGCACCCUCUUGGAAAGAGAAGUCCAAUUGCAGGCUUUCUGCAGAAAAACAAGGCUGGAGGAAUGCAUCAUGUCUGCAUUGAGGUGGAUGAUAUAACAGCAGCAGUGGCGGAACUGAAGAAAACAAAGAUCCGAAUAUUGAGUGAAGAGCCUAAAAUAGGUGCACAUGGCAAACCAGUGAUUUUUCUUCACCCUCAGGAUUGCCAUGGAGUACUUGUGGAACUUGAACAAGCAUGAGCUGUGUUACUAAUAGCUGAAACUAUGAAUUAAUUGCGAACCUCAUUAGAUGGUGUCAGGAAUUGUAAUAUGCCUUUCAAUGAUAAGUCACUGUACAGAAUCUUUUUUUGUUGAUUAGGUAUCUCAGCUCUUGACUACUGAA